AUGAGGCAAUCAGGCAUCAAACUAGAUUCAACCACGUUCCUCACUGCCCUUUCAGCCAUUCGGUCGAAUCUCUCUCUACAACAAGGCAAGUGUCUUCAUUGCCUGGCUGAGAAGAGUGGAUGUCUAUCUCAUGUUUCCUCUGCAACUUCUCUCUUCACCAUGUACACGAAUGUAGGUGAAUUGGGUUCUUCUUGGUUUCUCUUUAAAAGCCUUCCUUUCAAAGAUUUGGUGGCUUGGAACUCAAUGAUUGCUGGUUUACGAAGGAAUGGGUGUUAUGAAGAGGCCUUGGAUUUGUUCAGGCAAAUGCAAAUGGACAAUGUGGGGAUUGAUUCCGCUGCUUUGGUAAUUGUUAUCCCUGCAUUAUCCCAUUUGGGACUUAUGACUUUGGGUAUGUCCAUUCCUGGGUUUAGUUUAAGGCACGGAUUGGACUCCGGGUUUUCAGUGGAAAAUGCUCUCAUUGAUUUGUAUGCAAAGUGCAAGGAUUUGAGGAGUGCAAAGACCAUUUUUGAGAGAUUGCAUUUUAGAGAAACUGAAGCUUGGAAUACGAUGAUUUGGGGGUGUUUGCAUUGCCAAAAGCCUGAAAAUUCCCUUGGGUAUUUCAGAAAAAUGGUGCUGUCCAAUGCCAUGCCAGAUUCAAUAACUCUAUCGGUCAUAAUUCAGGACUUGGUCUCUUGGAAUUCAAUGAUCAAUGCUUUCAUAGAGAAUGAAAGAGUUUCAGAAGCUUUUGGCCUUUUGGAGGAGAUGGAAUCAGAUGGUCUCAAGCCUGAUUCAGUUAUUGUGGUGACUCUAAUUUCACAUUGCUCAAAAUCAAAACUGUUGGAGCAUGGCCAGUUUAUACAUGGAUUUGUGAUUCGAAGAGAAUUGGGUUUGGAUUUGACUGUGAUUAACAGUUUGAUAGACAUAGAAGCCUUGGAAACCUUUGCCCAAAUGCUUCUUAUACUUAUAAAUCCAGACCCUAUUACCCUUGUGAGUGUUCCUAGUGCUUGUGGUGAGCUCAAACUUCUAAACCGAGGCAUAUGGGUUCAUGGAUAUGUACUCAAAAUUGGACUGGAAUUCAAUAUCCAUCUAAUCAAUGCAUUACAAUCUAUGUACUGCAAAUGCAAGGAUAUCAAAAGUGCAGAGCUUAUAUUUGGUAGUAUCCCUAAUCAAAGAAAUCUAUACUCAUGGAAUUCAAUGAUAUCUGGUUAUGCACAGAACAAACAACCCCAUAAAGCCAGAGAACUCUUUUAUCAAAUGGAUUUCGAGCCAAAUGAGAUGACCCUGGCUAGUGUUUUAUCAGCAUGUGCUCAACUAGGAGACUUCAAACUAGGGGAGCACAUACAUGAUCGUAUUACUCAUAAUGGGUUUGAACAAAAUGCUUUCAUAUGCACUGCCCUCAUAGAUAUGUACGCCAAAUGUGGAAGGUUAGAAGAAGCAAUUCAGAUAUUCAAAGAUGGAAGAGAAACACUCUCUCUCUUCUCAGAGAUGCUUUCUUUAGGGAUGAAGCCAAAUGAAAGCACUUUCAGCAGUGUUCUCAGGGCUUGCAGCCAUUCAGGCUUGGUAGAUGAGGGCUUGGCUCAUUUUGACUUAAUGUUUAAGGGCUUCGGAGUGAGCCCAAGCACUGAGCAUUACGUAUGUAUAGUGGACUCACUUAGUCGAGCCGGUAGGCUUAAAGAGGUUUGUGAGUUUAUUAAGGCAAUACCUUGGAAGCCUAAAGCAGGGGUUUGGGGCGCUUUGUUAAGUGGGUGCAAAGACAAUGGUGAUCUUGGAUUGUGCAUGACAAUCUUAUUGUACAACUAA